GUGUCAAUGAAAUGUACACAUGGUAAAGUGUGACAUCUAUAGACCCCCUCCUCGGACCUCUACGCUCACUGAUCAAUGCUCUGUAGACGUAGAGGUUGUUUGCAACCAGGUUAUAGAACUAGUAUAGCUUAAGAAUUUGUUUAGGAGGAUAGUACUAGAAUAAGGAAGAAAAGGAUAUAUUCGCCUAGCAGAUUAAUAUCGAAUAAGUCAGAAUGUCACGACUCGUUAAAGUUGGAACUAAGCUCGGAAUAGUUGGGACUACGAUUUACUACUCGGUAGAGUACGGCGUCUGGAAGGACAGUUCUAAGACCGAACAGCUUUAUAAAGAUUUGUACAAGCUUGCUGUCCCUUUGUUGAAAGAAGUACCCAUAGAGACUCCGGAACUGCCCAAGGCUGCAGAAGUCUCCUUGUAUGUGAAAACUAGUUGGAACCAUGGAAUCGUCACGGCUACCAAGUUCAUAUUGGAUCUGCCUGAGCACGCAAGCACUCUCUACAGAUAUAGCGCGGAUUGGGUGUCCAAUCAGCUCAACCAAGAGUCUAAAGGCAGUGAAUCGUAGUUAAUAAAUUCUAUUUGAACUAAACAUCUUUUCUUGUAAUUUAGUCUAUGUAAAUAAAUAUGUUAUUAUAUGACUUAUA